UAGAGGAAAAAAAAAGCUUUUCAACGAAAAGGAUAGAGUCUUGUCUAAAAAGGCUUGUGUCCGCCAAAACGCAUCAUCAGUAGAAGUAUAAUUGCCGCAGGAGUAGUGCACCUGUCAUUGAAAUUUGACUCCAUUAUUUACUCUGGUAUCUUGAAAAUUGUCGAAGCAUCCUUAAGAAAUACGCAUAUUCUGUCCGUUCAAUUUUGUGCAAGAAGCGUUCAAGAUGUUGUAAUACACGUCUGCAAAGUUGGUGUUUAAUUUCAAACUGUUUCCUGUGCUCUACAUGGCUUGUGAGUGACUGAAUUAGCUUUCGUUAUAGCUACAGCAUCUAGCGUGGUGUGGAUGGCCAAUAAGACACAUUCGAUUGUCUCUUUUUGCUUGGAGAUAGUCGCCAUUUUUACUACAGCUAAUAGUGUUGUCUGCGGCAUUUGCGAUAUCAGUGAGAGAGAGUUAAUGAAUGUUUUUGCUGGUAGCACUGUACGCGUCUCUCUCAAUACCAGUUACAUAACAAAGGAGAUGGACAUAAUUAGAUGGCGAUUCAAAAAGCAAGAUUCCGAGUUUAACAAUCUUAUUGUGGAAUACCACUUCGAUGGCAAACACCCACCAGUGGAGCUAGAGAAACUUAAAAGGCGGGCUGAAUUCAGUGUAACAGACUAUUCCCUUACUGUAAGUGGAGUUGUAUGUGAUGACAAAGGCACCUACAUAGUGGAAACUCGUAACAGAAAUGAUGGAAGCAUCGGUACAAUAAAAAAAUCAGUUCUCGAUGUCACAGUUCCAGGUACAAGACAGACAAUACAAGCUAUUCCUGGUAGAACUGUCCAUCUCUCUCUGAAUGGUGGUUACAUUCCAUGCAGUAUGAACACAUUCAGGUGGCAAUUUAGCAAGCAAGGCUCAGAAAACUACAGCAUGGUUGUAGAAUACAAUGGGGAAUUGAAACCAGUGAUUGAGCUACAGGCUUUAAAAGGACGGGCCAUAUUCUUUAAGACUGACUAUUCCUUGGUCAUAAAUGAAAUUAGGCGUAUUGAUUCUGGUAAUUAUAAACUGGAAGCUCGCUAUUCAACUGAUGGAAGAACUGAGGGGAUAACUCUGAUAAGUCUCACUGUGGAAGAUAUGGAGAUACCACAAGAUUCAUGUGUUUCUUUAGUUAUAACUGCUGUAAGUUUAUCACUCGUACUGGGAGCAGUAGCAACAAUAGCAAUGCUGUUUACAUGUUUUUGGAAUCAAAACCUUCUUCAAAAGUGUUCUGCAUGGACAAAGGUACUGUACUUAUUUCAGAGUUUAUUUAUAUUGUAUGAAAGAUAUAUAUUCAGUAUUAGGAAUUAA